UGCAGGCGAGGCGCAGUUCAUCUCGAACGAGCCAGCGGCGUCUGCCCGGUGUGCGACAGUAUUAAUCCUCCGUGCGGAAGGCAGAAACACCGUGAGCGAUACAACGUUGGUAACAACAACAGCAUCGAGGAUUUUUAGUAAUCGAAUUAUUCGAGUUACUCGAGGAAUCGUUUCAGCCCUACUUUAUAGUUAGUUUUAAUUAAGGUGUUAUAAUAUUUUGCCAAUUACAUUUAUAUCACGAAAUAUUAGAAACUACAUAACAGACUGCAUUAUUUUACCUAACGUUAGCUACGUUUAAGAAAUGAGAGUAAAAUUAUUAUCCAAACUUUGCUAAUGUUAAUGUUGAGUGCCCCGACACCUAAUUACACCAGAGCUGUCACGCCAGUUGUGACAGUAAACGGAGCUAACGCUACUUACCCAACCGUAGCAUAAUAUUAGAAAAUCACAUUUUAGUUGUGACUUUGCUUGUUUGUAGUACAAUUUAUUUGGAAUGAGUCGAACAUUUCUUGCCAAUCACAGCUGCAUCCGCGGGUCAUGUGAUACUACUCCUUGACGUCAUUUUCUUGCGACUACAGACAGCUCCAUGUGAACAGCUUUCACCAAAGUUAUAGUUAAUUACGGGUUGUGUGUGGGAUGGUGACGCCAGCUGCUGAAUUGUGAGAAGCCUUUUCUCUCCUCUCCUUUCCUUCCUGUGGCCACUGUCUUGUCUCUCCGACCCAAUGGCCGGCCGCCUCUUGGGCAGAUAUGCCCGUCUGCUCUUCAGAGCCUCCUUCCAGACUCCCGCUGCUGCCUGCCUGCCCCCCCCUAUGGCUGGGUCUGCAGAGGUGCAGAGGACUCAGGGCUGGCCACGGGUCACAGAAAGGUUAAUGUGCGAGGGAAGGACAAUUUCCAAAGAAAACACCUUUCCAAAUAUGCCUACACGCACCCAGCUGGACGAGUUGAUGGAAAAGGCAGCAGUGCCAGAGGACAUCCUGCUGGCCUGGGCAGAGCAUGGACGGAAUGGUAAUCAAGCUGCUAAUGCACUGAUGAAGUGGACUCAGUUGGUCCUAAGGACGAAGGGCAAGUUUAAGGGACAAAAACCUGAACUGAUGAUGGAUUCAAGGCUACUGGAUAUGAUGGAUACUGUAUCUCAGCAGGUGUCUGCAGUGUGGAAUGGCAAUCUAGUGUCUGUCUUGCAAGCCUUCUGGAUUAUGGGUGUGCCAUCUACUCAUUCAGUACUCAAUUCUGUCCAGACUGAGGUCCUGUGGCGAGUCCGCAGGCUAACCUACAAGCAGCUGGGCUUCCUGGCAGAUUGGGGAGCAGGCAGGAAAGGACAGCAAGAUGUGGCAAUAGUGAAUGCUGCAAUAAAACAGCUGGAACUGCGCUGGACUGAAAUCGCUGAUGCUAAAACUGUCAGUGCACUGAUAUCCAAUGGACAACGCAUGUCGCCUACCUUGAUAGACCGACUUGAAGACAAGGCUUUGGAGCUUGCAGAGGGAUUUUCAGCAGAAGAGAUCCGCAAAGUCUGUUUAUCUUUGGCAGCUCAGAGCCGCAGAUCUGUCCCGCUGCUCAGAGGUCUGUCCUACCACCUUCUUCAGAAGCCAUCUUCAGAGUUCACCACUCCACUAAUACUGGACAUGGCUUUUGCAUACGGGAAGUUAAAUUUCCACCAUUCUCAGGUAUUUCAGCGAAUGGCCUCGGAGUUGUUACCCAGAGUCCCUGAGCUCAUUUCUGCUGAUGUCACACGCUGUGCUAAAUCACUGGGCUUCCUCAAAUGGCUCCACAUCCCUCUCUUUGAGGCCUUUGCUGAGCACUACACAGCAAACAGUGAGAAGUACAGUAGCCUUCAGCUCUGUAAUCUGCUCAUGACUUUUGCCAGACUUAACUUCCAGCCCAGCAAUGGAGAAGAUUUCUAUAGCAAGGUUCACUCUGUGCUGGAGCACUCUCUCUCAGGCCUGGAGCCCUUCUUGCAGACAGAUGUGGUUUGGGCUCUGUGUGUGCUGCAGCAGGCCAAGCCCCACUACCUCAUCCCCCUCACACAACAGAGUCACGUUACCAAACUGUCAGAGGGCAGUUCAGCUCGAGUGGAGAACUACCAGCUGAAGCUCCUUCACAUUGCUGCUACACUCCACUUAGAGCAUCCGGGCUCCUCAGAAACUCCAUCCUCCCCGAAUUCCCUGUCUGUCCCGGCCAGCAGUUCCCCCCUCUCCCCUCUGCAGAGCAGUCUAAGAGGGGCUAUACAGAGUUUGGUGGGUGGGAGGACAGAGGCCCUUCGCACUGGAGUUGACACUGUUUAUGGAUGGACUAUUGAUGGUGAACUGGUAGUGGAUUGUGACAACAAGCCAAUUGACAUGUUGAUGCUGAAAGCCCCUCAUCUUCCCAGUGGAGGAGGAGACCAGGCUUUACCUGUAGGGGCACAGCGGCUUGCUUUCUUGGCUUGGGAAUUUCCAAACUUUUGCUCAAAGAGUAAAGACCUUCUGGGGCGGUUUGCAAUGAUGAAGCGACAUCUCCAGUUGGCUGGCUUCAUAACAGUGGAGGUACCAUAUUAUGAGUGGCUGGAGCUAAAGACAGACUGGCAAAAAUUGGCAUACUUGAAGGAUAAAAUGGGGAAGGCUGUGGCCGAGGACAUGGCCAAGUGAACCGAUCAGUCUUGAGCAAAUCUGCAAACUCAGCUGAAUCAGAGCUUUCCCAACCAAAUGGGACCACGGGGAGUACACACGCACACCCACGUUCACACUCCGAACGGAGCAGCAUUGCAGAAAAGCUCUCUCAUACUUUGCCACAGAAAAAAAAAAUCAUAUUUUAACUCUGGUUCCCUUGGCAACGUGUGGGGCUUUCCCUGUUUCCAUGGUGAUGACGAGCAAGAGUUUUGGAGCUAGAGAGAAAGACGGAAAUAAACACAACAGUGAAUCUUUCUGUAGAAAUGAAAUAAGUCUUUGCAUCUGCGAGUGACAUGUCAAAACAGAAGCACCCAGGCCAUUUGUAUAAUUUUGGCCAGAACGUUAAUGCGGCUUAAUAUUAUCAUGUGAAUUGAUUGAAAUAACUUAAUUAUCUCUGUGAAUGUGUCGUCUUGUAAAGAAAUAAAUUGUUUUAUUUCCAUUU